GCAGAAAAAUGGGCCGAGAAAAUACAUUGGGUGAAAGGUCUACUCGUAUACCUGAAAUUUUCAGGUCGGUAUAGCAGUCAGAUUGGGUCACGAAAGUCCGUGAGGUGUAAAGUCUACUCGUAUACCUCGUCUGUGUAGAAACGUCACCGGUUUAACGUGUACCAUUUGCCGAUGAAAAUAUUCUGUACAAUAUUGUUGACUGAAAACAACUCGAAAUGUUACGAUUAAUAUUUUUCCUGGUGGUAUGUACCUUCGUUGGUGUCCGAUCCGCCAAUCUUGAAACAGUGAGCGACGAGGAUUUGAUAAAUCUUAUAAAAACAGAAAAAUAUGUAGUCGUGCUCUUCACAAGCAGAGAUUGCGAGAGAUGCAACAACUUUGAAAACAAGGUGAUCCUCUUACGCGAAGACCUAGUUGACUCUUUGUCUGCCUGGGUUGUCAGAGUUGUCGACAGUCAACUGCUUAGACUAUAUAGCACGGAUAAGGAACCAGCACUUGUGUUCUUUAGACAUGGAAUACCUUUACUCUGUGAUGGGUCAUUAAAUGAAGAGGAGAUCCUAAUGAUGUUUACUGAAAAUAAAGAGCCUACAGUGAAAGAAUUAACAGAUGACACUUUUGAACAUCUAACUCAGGCAAGCAGUGGAGCUACUACAGGAGAUUGGUUUGUUAUGUUUUACAGUACAGAUUGCGUGGAGUGUGUUAGAAUGAUUGCAAGAUGGGAGGCUGUAGGUGCAAAACUUAAACAAAAAGUUAAUGUAGCUAGUAUUAAUAAAUAUACAACUGGCGCAUCUACAGCUAGAAGAUUUAACGUUUAUGAAGCACCAGAAUUCAUAUUCUUCAGACACGGUAAAAUGUAUCGUUAUCAGAUACCGAGAUACGACAUUAACGCAUUUGUGUGGUUUGCAAAAGAUUGGUAUAAAAAUGCACGUGCUGAAACUGUCCCAGUGCCACAAAGCCCAUUCGACGAUUUGGUACAAAUGAUUGCAAAUUUCCUCCAUGAAAAACCAUGGGUUUUGAAACUUGGCAGUAUAACCAUUGGUGUGUUUAUUAUAAUUUCUGUAGCUUCUAGAUUCAGGCGUAAAAUUCAGACAUCUCAGAAGAAAGACUAACUAUGUUGUGCACCAAAGAAGUGUGUUAUGGGUACUGUGCUACUCAUGUACAGAACAUUGUAUAAAAGCAUAAAAAUCAUACAAAUAAAGUUCUGUUUUUUACAAAGUUUUGUAAUUUCGCGUGUUAUUAAGAGCAAUACAUUUUCAUUGUUUGAUACGCGCGUUCAGUACCCAUAAUAUAUACGCUGAAGCAAGAUGAACUUAAUGUACAUUAUAUUCCCAGAUAUUGUAUUU